UCUAAACAAGGCCUAAAGGCUGAAAUCUGUAAAAGCUGUGUUUAUGAAACUUGUGUAUUAGAUUCCAUAUAUUUAAAAUUCAAAUUAGUUUCUCAGAGGUCACCAAGGCAGGAGGCAGUAUGUAAAUGACUUAGACUUCAAAGACAUUUCUAACCUACCAGCAGCAUGGCGUCGAGAAAGGAAAGUUGGACUUUCAAAACCAGCAGUACCUUCGCGACAGAUAGCAGUGUUGAGCUAUGCCGUCUUCAAACACGUCCAGGCCAAGAUCAGGUUUGUGGAAUGGAAGCUGCAUCUACUGUAAUCGUGGUAUUUGGUGCAUCGGGUGACCUUGCAAAGAAGAAGAUUUUUCCUACACUAUGGUAUCUUUAUAAGGAUGGACAUCUUCCCAAAUGUUGUCAUAUUGUUGGGUAUGCAAGAUCUGAUCUAAGUAUAACAAAGAUUAGAGAGAAGACYGAACCUUUCAUAAAGAAUAAAGAUGAAGCAAAGGAAACUUUGGAGAAAUUCUGGAAGAUUUGUUCCUAUGUGAAAGGUCCUUACAAUGAAAAGUCUGGUUAUGUUUCCUUGAAUACUGAGCUCAACAAGCUUGCUGAUAAAUGUGUUCAAAACAGACUUUUCUAUUUGGCUCUUCCUCCAUCAGUGUUUGUUGAUGCAACACAAAACAUUAAGGAGCACUUAUCUGAUAACAAGGGAUGGAACCGUGUGGUUGUMGAGAAACCAUUUGGAAAGGAUAGUAGCAGCUCAGCUCAGCUAUCAAACCAUCUUUCUUCUCUGUUCAAAGAAAAGUCUCUGUACCGAAUUGACCACUAUUUGGGCAAGGAAAUGGUGCAAAACAUCAUGGUUUUAAGUCGUGGACCUUCUGAAUCUGAUGACCUUGUGAAGAGCAUGGGAUUCAUUUACAGUGAUACCUACCAGUGGGACAAGAAACCUAAUAACUAA